AUGGAUUUAACAACGUCCCUCAAACUGUCACGUCUAGAAAGUCUUCCCGCUGAACUCCUCCACAAAAUUAUAUCCCCCUUAGAGCCCUGCCUAACACACGGUACUUCACAAAUAACCCAACAUGUUAUCCCUACCGAGCAAUUACACGGUACAACCAGCCUGGAAGCACAACAUAACCUCAUCUCUUGUCUAGCAAUAUCUCAAAGCCUUCACUUAGCGACAGUACCGAUUUUAUAUCAACGAGUCGAAUUAUCGUCAUACUCAUCGCUUCUGAAGUUUCACCGCCAGAUUUUGCGAUAUCCUGCACUUGGGAUCUACGUCAAGAGUCUGGACCUGAGUAACCUGAUUCUCAGGUCGAGGACUAGUUAUGCGGAUGUAGACUCAGAAGCGUAUCGAACAUGGCUUGCUGAAGUGAGAGCAGCCUCGGAUAUGAUCAAGAAAUGGCUAGACCUCAUGCCGAGAUUGAGGGACUUGAAGACACCUCUAGAAUGGUCACAUGAAGCAUAUUCUGGGAUCGAACCGCAACUCGAUAUCCAUAUAUUGCAAAGACUUCCCAGAGGACAGUUUCCUUCACUGACGACCUUAGAAUGGGGUCCUACCAUUACCCCCGAGUUUAUGUGUUAUCUUGGGCGAUGUAGGAAGGGAGUUGAAACUCAAGUUAGGAGAAUGGUCGUGAGGUCUACUGAUAUCGAAAUCACGACGGCUGUCAGAUUAUUGCUGGAGACCAUGCCGAGGGUCCAGGAUUUGGAUUUCACGACCUCGAAUGUUGAUCUCGCAGAAGCUCUUUCUGGUCUAUGUGGUGGGUCGAAAUUACGGUCUCUUGUGACGACCUUAAAAGAUUCCCACGCAAUACCUUCCAUCUCCAAAUUCAUGGCGUCGAAUCCAGAAAUCUUUGAUCAACUCGAGACUUUGCAUCUGCUCUACAAAGCUUCUCAUACCGAGACCCCACAGCCGGACACCACAGAAGACAUCUCAACCAUCAUCUCCCUCCUCCCUCCAACACUCCUCUCGCUUAACCUCACCGGAAUACCACUAUCACCAUCCCACCUCUCCCUCCUAGUCCACCACUGUCCCUUCCUAGAAGAACUAACCCUCGACACCGGCAUCCACCUCGAAGAUCUCGAAACCAUCCUCCUCCCACCCCACACCAUCACAGGCGAAUCCACAUUCCGGCCUCCCUCCCCACUACAAGGACCUCAAGAAGAAGAAAUUGAGUCGAAAUACAACACCGUCCUCGAACCGAUGGCGAAAGCUAUAGCGAUCUGUAAAUUACGUCGGCGUAUAAAUUCUUUUAGUCUCGCGCCACAUCCUCCAACAAUCGGCUAUUUGUCGAGGGUAAGGUACCUUUGUAUUGAGGCUAUGUCGAGGUAUGAGCAGAAGAAACUUUUUACCUUGCUUCUGCUUUCUGAAUUUUCGGGGUGUCUGGAGAGGAUUGUUGUUGGGGAGUGGGCGGUGGCUGAUGGGCUAUUUGGGGGGGUGUGUGAGAGUGUUGGGUGGAGGUAUAGGAGGAGAGGGAGGAUUUGCUGGGUUGAGAGGGUGAGUUUGUGA